AUGAGGAGCCAGGAAGAGGAGGGGGUGAUGGGAAUUGAACUUCUUAAAGCCAUGGCCCUGGAUUUAGUGACUUUCACAGAUGUGGCCAUAGUCUUCUCCCAAGAUGAGUGGGAAUGGCUGAAUCUUGCACAAAGGAUGUUGUACAAGAAGGUGAUGUUGGAGAACUACAAGAACCUGGUUUCAGUGGGUCUUUGCCUGUCUAAACCAUAUAUGAUCUUCUUAUUGGAACAAGGUAAAGAGCCCUGGGUGAAGAAUGGAGAAAUGACAGGAGACCCGUGCCUGGACUUGGAGUAUAUGUGGAUGACCAAAGAAUUAUCUCAAAACCAGGAUAUUUAUGAAGAAAAAUUAUCCCAGGUAAUGGUUAUGGAAAGAGUUACAAGCUAUGAUAACCCUGAAUGUUCCACAUUAGGGGAAAACAGGCAGGGUGAAGACCUGUCUGAGAGGGAGCUGGUAAGUCAGCAGCCACAUUUCAGGCAAGAGACAGUUAGUCAUAUAGGUGCACUUAUCAAGAAAAAAGACCACUCUAACAAAUCUGGGAAAAUUUUUCAUCUGAAGACUUUAUCUUAUAUAAAACACAUAUUCCCCAUUGAAGAGAGAAUAUAUAAUUUUGACACUGAUAAGGAAAGCUUAAAAACACAUUCAUUUGUCAAAAAACAUAAGCAAGUCUAUGGAGAAAAGAAACUUCUGAAAUGUAAAGACUGUGAGAAAACUUUCAGCAAAAUCUCAACCCUUACUCUUCAUCAAAGAGUUCAUACCGGAGAGAAACCCUAUGAAUGUAUUGAGUGUGGAAAAGCCUUUAGCCAGAGCGCCCACCUUGCUCAGCAUCAGAGAAUACACACGGGAGAAAAACCCUUCGAAUGUACUGAAUGUGGGAAGGCCUUCAGCCAGAAUGCUCAUCUCAUCCAACAUCAGAGAGUUCACACAGGAGAGAAGCCAUACCAAUGUCGUCGGUGCACUAAAGCCUUCAGCCAGCUUGCACACCUCGCUCAACAUCAGAGGGUCCACACUGGAGAGAAACCCUAUGAAUGUGUUGAAUGUGGGAAGGCCUUUAGUGAUUGUUCAUCCUUGGCUCACCAUCGAAGAAUUCACACUGGAAAAAGACCUUAUGAGUGUGUGGACUGUGGGAAAGCAUUCCGGCAGAAUGCUUCUCUCAUACGUCAUCGGAGGUACUAUCACACUGGGGAGAAACCCUUCGACUGUAUUGAUUGUGGGAAGGCCUUCACAGAUCACAUAGGACUUAUUCAGCAUAAGAGGAUCCACACUGGAGAGAGACCUUAUAAAUGCCACGUGUGUGGGAAGGCUUUUAGCCACGGCUCAUCCCUAACUGUGCAUCAGAGAAUUCACACAGGAGAGAAGCCUUAUGAAUGUGUGCUCUGUGAGAAAGCCUUCAGCCACCGUGGCUCUCUUACUCUACAUCAAAGAGUUCACACGGGAGAGAAACCCUAUGAGUGCAAGGACUGCGGGAAAGCCUUUCGGCAGAGCACACACCUCGCUCAUCAUCAGAGAGUUCACACUGGGGAGAAACCUUAUGAAUGUAAGGAGUGCAGCAAAACCUUCAGCCAGAAUGCACACCUCGCACAGCAUCAGAAAAUACACACUGGAGAGAAACCUUACAAAUGUAAGGAGUGCGGUAAGGCCUUCAGUCAAAUCGCGCACCUUGUUCAACACCAGCGGGUUCAUACUGGUGAGAAGCCUUAUGAGUGCGUUGAGUGUGGGAAGGCCUUUGGUGACGGCUCCUAUCUUGUUCAACAUCAGAGACUCCACACUGGAAAAAGACCAUAUGAAUGCCUUGAAUGUGGGAAGGCGUUCAGACAGAGGGCGUCCCUGAUUUGUCACCAAAGAUGUCAUACAGGAGAGAAGCCUUAUGAAUGUAACGUAUGUGGGAAAGCCUUUAGCCAUCGUAAAUCCCUUACUCUGCAUCAAAGAAUUCAUACAGGAGAGAAACCUUAUGAGUGUCAGGAAUGCAGCAAAGCCUUCAGCCAGAUUGCCCAUCUUACGCUGCACCGAAGAAUCCAUACUGGGGAAAGGCCCUAUGAAUGUAAAGCAUGUGGAAAAGCCUUCAGGCAGAGUGUACAUCUAGCUCAUCAUCAGCGAGUUCACACUGGGGAGCCAUCCUCAUCCUCAGUUCUUCCCUCCUCCUCACCCCCAUACCACCAAGUCCUCUAGAAUCCAUCCACUUUUCCCCAAUCUGGGCCCCAUCAUCAUAGUCCAAGACUUUUGCAAUAGCGUUAUUGCCAUUUUCCUUCUUGCUCCUCUCAAGUGCAUAAUUUUAACAGUGUA